AUGGGCGUGGGCACUGCAAAUGUAAACGCUCGGCUCAAUGGGCUACAAUUCGCGGCCAAAAUACAUGAGAUACUCAUCGGUGCUUCCUUAUCAUCUAUGGUUCUAUCUCUUGUUCAACACAGAAUCUUUCAGGCUGGAGUACCAAUUGGUAGUCUCUUCAUUGCAUUCAGAAUCACCGAUCUUACAUCACUCUCAAGUCCCGAAUUCUGGGCUGCUUUGACUGCUGAAAAAAGCCUCGAAGGACGUACGUCCCUUGAGUUUCUGUGUCUUUUGACAGUAUUUUCAACCAUACUGGCCGCUGUGAGUGGUCCUGCGUCUGCAAUCUUGAUGUUACCAUCUCUAGAUUGGUGGAACUUUCCCUUUUCAAAAGAUUCUUUUCCACCAGGUAGGGACUUCCGACCGUGGCUUCCGAAUGAAUCGAGUUAUCUAACAGGUACAUUCCGAGCGGAAACUAACUUUAUUGAACUAUGGCCAAAUCUUAUUGAUCGCUCAUAUUCCUAUCCUUCGAUUUGUGGGUUCAGCAAUAGGUUAUUUAUUACCGAGGAAUGUCCAGCUGGUGGUCACUCUGUUAUUCAAACGUGGGCUCUCACACAAAAACCUUCUUUCGUCGGUGAUUCAUGGAACAUUACAAUGCCGAUAACACUUUCGGAUAGCGCCUAUGAUUCCGUGGGACUCUCCGUGACUACAAUAUACAGCAAUCGUUUUAUUGAGGGCACAGGGCUCAAUUAUAAUACCAGCGAUCAUUAUGGUUCUAAAUACACGUCAAAUUGGAACCAGGAAGCAUGGUACAUGGGUCAGACGAGUUCUGUACUCGCUACUGAUGCUCUUUUAAGCAUUGCUGGGAUACACACUACUUCCGAAAAUGAAACUACCAGAUUGCAAGCAUUGGUCAAUGAUAGGAAUCCCCCAGCCCCCCAAGCAUUUGCUGCUUGUUCAGAUUUUAACUACAAUAUAUCAAAUGAUAACGGGGCGGGAUUUGAUUCUCUUGAAGGUUCUCAAUUGCCAUUCCUCGAAAAAGACCCAAGCAAUGGUCAAUACUGGUAUGCAGAAUCUAAACAGGCUUUUGAAUCAUGGAAAUCUUCUGGUGGCUGGCCAUUGGCACUAUGGAUAGCACCAACAAAUCAAAGUAUAAAUUCUCCUUCGAUAGGGGUGGUGAUAUUAAAAAAUGUUUCAAACCCUGAUGGGAAUAUGUUGAGAAUUGAAACGUGCUCUAUCUAUGCUGGCUGGCGGUCUUCUGAGCUUUUUAUCGAUCCCAAAACAGACCAAUACAUCCAUUCUCCAGAUCUUACGGAUCCUACCAAAGACAUGGAAGACUGGGCUAGCGCAAUCAACGAAUCGAGAGAUUACCCUAUGCGAAAUGUCCAGAUAGACAUUGAUUGGGCAAAUUUGGCUUUGCCCCCAAACUACACAAUACUAUCCAUUGCGCUAUCAUCCACUGGAUCUCAAGCAAUACCAUUGGGUUUAAUAGUCAGCAGUCUCAUACCGGAUGCUAUGUCAAGAAUCCGUCGGUCCGGCGAGAUUUCGAUACCAUUGAUCGGAUCUGAGGCAUCGGAGCAAACUCGUGAUCAAGACAAAUACACAUACAUCACCGUCAACCGAUUUCGAUAUGGCUACAGCUACUCUCUUCGAGGAAUCACUAGAUGGCUUGCUUUAUCCAUUCUCCUCUUACAUAUCUUUCUCGCAUUGGCGCAUACGGUGAUUAUCACACGCAUGGGAUGGACUAGUAAAAUACUGAAAUCUCUAUGCGAAAUUCUUGUUCUUGCCAUCAACUCGUCGCCAUCUAUGGUACUGGACAAUACAUGUGCAGGUAUUGACCGGCUAGAUACAUACAAGCAAAUAGUAAAAGUUAGGGAAACCUCAUUCGAGCACUUAGGGUUGGUGAUGAAUGGAGAUGAGGAUAAGCAUACCGAGAAGGUAGUGAUAGACAAGGAGUAUGGAAGUCUAGACAAGAAGGAAUUAAUGAGUAUAUAA